UAUUGUCAGGGACAUUUUAUUUUGUCUCGAGCAUUCACACAUGGAUUACAAGCUGAUCCUCUUUGGGCUCACAGGGAUGCUGCUCAGUGUUGCCUGUGCCCAAAGCCGUCAGUACUACUUUGUGAACUCUUCGCUGACAUGGACUAAUGCUCAGAGCGUCUGCAGACGUGACUAUGCUGAUCUGGCCACCAUUGAAAACCCAGCUGAUGUUGAUGCUUUUCUCAGGACCACCUCAAACUAUGCAGGCAAGGCUUGGAUAGGUCUCUAUGAUGACCGUAUUAAUGGCUGGAAAUGGUCCCUAAAUGACAGCAGCUUCUAUGGUCCCGGAGAAUACAACUUCAGAAACUGGUAUCCUGUCGAGCCCAAUAAUUAUUUGGGAAAACAGUACUGUGCUAGAAUCUAUGAAUCGAGCUUUGGCGCUUUGGGCACAUGGGAUGACGAUGCGUGCACGGUACAGUAG